GCGCUCUCGGAGGGAGUCCCGGCCCGCCGGCACAGGGGACGAGGGCAGCAGCCGCGACUGCAGGCGGCGGCGGCGGCGGCGUGUGAGCAGGAGGAGGAGGCGGCGCCUGCCGCCGCUGCCAGGAGAGGAGGAAGCGGGGCUGGGAGGGGCCGGCUGAGGCGGGCGGGCGGGCGAGCGAGCGGACGGCGCUGGUCGCUGUCCUGGGUCUGGAAGGCGCUCCCACCAGCAGCCAGGCGGCGACCCGGCAUGGACUGAGGGGAGGCGGGGAGAGGGAGCGGGCCAGGAAGGCGGGCGGGCGGGCGCUUGCCAUGGGCCGCGCAUGAUGGGCUCUCCCGGCUCCAGCCCCCCGCCUCGCCUGCUGCAGAGGCUGCUCCUGCUCCUGCUCCUGGUCCUCGCCCGGCAACGACCCCUCCUCGCCGCCGGGGAGGCCAGAUUCGGAUGCUUAUUUGAGGAUGACCUUUGCAAAUCUUUUGAGAUCUGCAUAAAUGAUGGAGUGUUUGGGAGGUGUCAGCAGGUGCCAGUGAUAGAUGUAUAUAAAUAUGAAGUUUCGCCAGCCAUCUAUCAACGCUUGAGAAUUGUCUUAGAGAAGCUGUUGCACAGAGGUUUUAAUUGGCAAGAUGAUUACACACAACACAUUAUUGCCCGUGAACUCUCAACUCUCCAUAAGAUCCAUGACUGGCACUCUGAGACUUUCUCAUCGGAGGAAUCAGAUUCACCAAGGGCCUCAAAGCAGAGUGUGGAUAGCAACAGGUGGAAUUUCGGUUUGGACAAAGAUGGGAACUUUGCUAAGACUCCUCAGCAAUACCUGGCUUACCUGGAUAUUCUCUCUCAAUCUAGAACUCCAAAUUUAUAUUCCAGGAUAAAGGGCAACAUUCAAGAAGCUAUACUGCCUAGGUUGAUGCCAUCCCUCCUGACUCUAUAAUUAACUACAUGGUACAGAAUUCUAAAGGAAGAGCCUCUGGUUUGACACAUUCAACAGCAGCCCAGUCAAAAUUCACUGAAAACCUCCCAAUGAGAACCUUCAACCAACCCCAGAAAGAUAAAUUUCCAGUAAAGCCAGAAGACCAGUUUGAUAGAAAGGCUCUCUUGGCAGCAUUAAAUUCAUACGUUGCUCAGAAGGUGGCAACUAACAACCUAGAUGGAAGUUUUUCUCUUAGCAGGACUAAAGGAGUUUCCUCCUCUAGUAGUAUGCUGGAGCCUCCUCAGGCAGAUCAUCUUGAUGGGACAUUGCCAAAGGAGAAAACAGAAGAUUUUCAAAUGAGACCGUUGUUCCAACAAAGGCCUGGGUCUGGACUGGUGGUAUCUGGCUCUGCUCAGGGUGAUCUGAGAGCCCCUCUAACUACAGUGGAUGAAAUAUUUAUACAAGAUGUUCUGAGGAACUUGAAGAAACAUCAUGUGGAUGUAGAUAAAUUGGACCCCCCGGAGCUGGAUGAGAUGGCUGAUAUAAUCGCUGAUGCCAUUGAGGCUGUUGAUGCCGAUGAAGAAAAGAAAAAUGCUGCUGGGAAUCUUGAAGGGGAGGCGUUGGAAAAGGGUACAAAAGCAGAAGGAAAAACUGAUUAUGAGACAGGAUUAACGGAAGAAGGUUAUCAGAUGCAAGAUGCCAGAACACAGAAAGAUGAUGUCAGGGAUAAAAACAAGGAAAACCAUUUGGGUGCAAAACUAUUCAGUUUCCUGAAAAAGAAUGUGGCAAUGAAAAAUCUGUCUAAAGAACCUUUGCCCAACGAAUCUUUGAAAACAGAAAUCAAGAAGUCAGAGGAGUUAGAUUUCUCUUCCUCUGAAGAAGUGAAAGCUGGGAUUGAAAAUGUAAAGAGUGAAACUUUCUCAAGGGAAUUGAUAGCUGAAAAGAAGGCUGAGUUGGAACCAAACUCUGAAGAGCUGACGGAGCGUCAUCACUGGAUUAAGAAUACUUUGAUUCAAGAUGAAAGUACUUAUGAAGAAAUGCAAAAUAAGAUGGGUGGAGGCCUACAGCUAGACACAAAGUCUUCUAAAGAACAGGAAUAUGGUUACAUCGUGACAGAAAAAGACCCUCUGAGUGAGGAAAAAGGUUUGGAGUUAAUAAAAGACGUUGCGGACCUUCUGAAGCUGCCGAUGUCUGCCUUUGCUGAUGUCAAGGCAACUGUGGGCAGCCGGGCCAUCCUGUGGCUAAAGCGGCUGUCCCACUUAGUCCACUCCCCGGAGAAUGGGAGUAAGGCCGGAAGUUCCAGCAGCCAGGCAGGGGAAGGUGGGUUGGCAACAGGGGUCUCGGCGGGGGCCCUGCCCUGGGCGCAGGACAGGUACAAUAUAGCUGACAACAAAGAGAAACUUGAAAAAGCAACAGGGCUGAAAAUUUUGCAGAUCGGCAUGGGGGAGAAAAGCAAGCUGCAGUUUUUGCCCCACCAUGCUGGACAAGAAGAAGAUGCCACCAAAUUCAUCAUACUAACGCUCCUCUCCAUCGCUUGCAUUAUUGGGAUCCUUGUGGCUUCUGGGGUCAUCUACUGCCUCCGCCACAGCUCACACCACAAACUGAAGGAGAAGCUGGCUAGCUUGGGCUCUGAUUCUGGUUCAGAUGCUACAGCCGCUUAUCAGGAGCUAUGCCGUCAGCGUAUGGCAGUAAAAUCGUCAGAUCACCCCGAGCCUGUGCAUAAUUCUCGUAUCAAUAGCAUAUCUUCUCAGUUCAGUGAUGGGCCCAUCCCGAGUCCUUCUGCACGGAGCAGCACUUCUUCCUGGUGUGAAGAACCGGUCCAGUCUAACAUGGACAUCUCUACUGGUCACAUGAUACUGUCCUAUAUGGAAGAUCACUUGAAGAACAAGAAUCGUCUGGAGAAAGAGUGGGAAGCCCUUUGUGCUUAUCAAGCUGAGCCCAACGCAGCCACCAUUGCCCAAAGGGAAGAAAAUAUCCAGAAGAACCGCACACGGGAUAUAGUGGCAUAUGAUCAUUGCAGGAUAUGUUUGAAAGCUGAAAACAGCCAUGACAAUUCUGAUUACAUCAACGCAAGCCCAAUUAUGGACCAUGACCCUCGGAACCCUGCAUACAUUUCUGCUCAGGGCCCUCUGCCUUCUACGGUCACAGACUUCUGGCAGAUGGUCUGGGAAAACGGCUGUGUCGUUAUUGUCAUGCUGACACCCCUCGCCGAAAACGGAGUCAAACAGUGCUACCACUAUUGGCCAGACGAAGGGUCAAACCUCUACCACGUCUACGAGGUAAACCUGGUCUCUGAGCACAUCUGGUGUGAGGAUUUCCUUGUGAGAAGCUUUUACUUGAAAAACCUUCAAACCAACGAAACUCGUACCGUGACCCAAUUCCAUUUCCUUACUUGGCAUGACCAGAAAGUUCCUGGUUCCACAAGGUCCCUACUGGAUUUUCGCAGAAAAGUAAACAAGUGCUACAGGGGUCGUUCUUGUCCAGUAAUAAUUCAUUGCAGUGAUGGUGCAGGACGAAGUGGAACCUACAUCCUAAUUGACAUGGUUCUCAAUAAAAUGGCCAAAGGUGCUAAAGAGAUUGAUAUUGCUGCUACCCUGGAGCACUUGAGAGACCAGAGACCCGGCAUGGUCCAGACAAAGGAACAGUUUGAGUUUGCGUUGACAGCCGUGGCUGAAGAAGUGAACGCGAUCCUCAAGGCACUUCCGCAGUGAGCCACUCAUCGUCCUUGGAGGUUCUGAGAGAGAGAUCUCCGUUUUGUUAUCUUCGGUCCCUGUGAAUGUUGUUGGAAACCACAACCUGACCUUUACUGUGUGUCUUCUAUUGUAACCACGUAUUGAUAGGGUCUUUGCAAACUUCUAUUGCCAGUUAAAGUUCAACAGUUAACGUGUAUUUUGUUCUGGUCUUACGAUAUUCAAAAAUAAUAAUGCAUUGAGGCCUUGGUUUAAGAACAACCCCUCUGGUUCCUUUGGCAGCCUUGAAACCCUACAUUUCACAUGUCAGAAGCACACAUACCCUUUGUUCUUAGGAAAUAUGCAGUGUUGUGGGUAAACAAUACAUUCAGUGCAACUUCAGCAACAUAGUUUUGUUUUGUAACUUUUCAGGGUUGAAUAAAAGGAGCAAGGGGUGUAAUUUUUUUAAAAAAUAAAGCCUUGGGAUCAUUCUUGCAAAGGCCAGGCAAGUCCGCCGAACAAUGCCACGCGUGUUAGUAAACACAGGUCCACCGUCUCUUUUAAGAGCCCGUGCUGCUUCAUGCAGCGCCUUGGCAAGUGCAGGCUUUUCUUAACUGUUGUUUACUUUUAAACUUUGUGCAACUAAUAGAAGCAAAUCUGGGUCUAUCUCACAACUUGGAGGGAAAGUCCAUCACAUUAGAAGGGGCCCAAGGUUCCAAAGAGCACAGCAAACUUUUAUUGUGUAUCACUGCCAUAAUGGGGGGUGGGGGGUGCUGAAUAACGGAACUUCUCGAUGGGAGUUGAAAGCCCCCGUUGGCAGCUAGUUCAUUGUUGAUCUUUUUUCAUAGUUUUGAGGAGAAAAUGCAUUUAUUUGUGUGUGUUUAUCUCUUGAGACUCAUUUAUCAAAAUAUAUCCCAUUUUUAAAGACCAGAAAAGUGAUUUUUUUUUUAAAUGGCUUUCGGGCAUAUCUGAAUAAAACGCUUAGCACAGGUCUUCAAAAGAUGAAGUUGUUUGGCAGUUUUCAAUUUGCAGAAUAAUUCAAAGCUAUUGCGCCUUGCUUUGGAAUUCCAUUAUGAGUAGCCAUAUUAAUGUGAAUGGUACUACAUGCCAGCGAGUGCUUUCAAAAUUGCUGCUUGUGACUAAUAAUUCCCUUUGAAACACAGAGAAGGAAUGAUGUCCGGAUGUAUCCCUUUGCACACCAGAGGAAGUUGCCUUCAUCAUUUAUUGAUUCAAGACUGAGAUUUGCUUGAGAGUUGAAUCGAAGGGGGAAAAAGAUCAUUUGAAUCACGGGGCAGUGUGUUUAUGGGAGCUGUUUUGUUUUGCUUCAGGAUCAGUUCUGAGAUCUUGCACUUUCUAAAUGUCUUUUUUUUAAUUAAGAUUUUUUUUAAUCCGUAAUUUAGUUUGAUUUAGUUAGAACAGGAAGAUCAGAGUUUCUGGCAGAAUGAAAAAAGGCUGUAAUUCUUGAGCACAAUCCACCCAACUAAGCUGCAACAUUCACCAAUAAUGUCGAAGGGGUUCUCUGCAUGGGGAUUUCCAAACCAGCUGCCACUUCUGGUCUCCGCCCCCCAUGCAGGCCCCCUGAGAUGAGAGUGUUCGCAGAAUCGGACCCAUUCUCUUCAUUGCUUUAAUGUAAUUGUGAAUACAAGAGAUAUUUUAUAGGAAUUAAAAGGACUCUUUCCCCAAAAGCUCUCAAUGUGUUAACUUCACUGUGUAGACUUCUGCUCCCUGUUCUUGGCACGUGUUAAGUGCUUGGCUUGCACAUUUCAUCACCAGAGUGGUAUCAUGAAGCUGUUCAAGCCGUCCCUUCUCUUCCCAUUCCAUUUGCUUGCUGUACAUUUCACCACAUGUUUGUUCUGUGGCAUCAGCAUUUCAGAGCCACUUUAGUAAUAAGUAAAACAAAGUAAUGGGAUAUGAAUAAGAAAAUGGCCUCUUCAUUAGGUAAUUUAAGCUUAACAGGUUUCCUUUUAUUACUUUUAGCAGCCACAGAACAGGAGUUUGGGGAAGGCAGAAUCGGUUGAAACACUUAUCUGCCAGCAUUUGGAAUGAGAUUUACUGGAGAUAAACGAUGCGCAGUGGGGUUUUGCAAACUCAUGUAGCAGCAUCCAAAUCGCAGUGUACAUUCUAAAGAGGCAGGUGUGGCUUGUGGCUUUUCAUUAGGAAAUGGAAUGCUGUCAAGACAUGUUGUUGGUCCCUCAUUAAGUAGCUCCCGUAACUUUAGGGCAUAAUGAGGAUUCAUGUUUUUGGGGAGCUGGUAAAGUGAGAUCUUAAUAGCCCCCUUCUCAUGGAGGGUAGGUCUGUCAGUGCCUACUAGCCUUGGUGGUGACUAAAGGGAACCUCCACAUUCAGAGGCAGUCAGCCUUUGAAUCCAAGUGCCAGGAGGCAACAUGAGGGAAGGCCUGACCUCUAAGCCCUAUUGUUGGACGCUGUGCGAGACAGGAUGCUGGACUAGAUGGACCACUGGUCUGAUCCAACAGGACUCUUCUUGUGUUCUAUUCAGCCCAACUGAAAUGGGAUCAGAUGAGCUAUUCAGUUUGCAAGCCUGACUUCCCAUGGUGAAAGUGAAUUGUUUUGGGAGGAGUGUGUGAUGCAACGCUAUUAUUCCUCCCUGCCCCCCAAUUGUGCUCAAUUGUUUGAAUUACUUUGACCCACCUGGCUCCAUUAAAAUAAGCCAGUAAGGCCGAAAGAGAAUGGAGUUCAUCAAGGCAAGGAAGAAGUAGUUUUCCUCAACCAGUUGCUCAAGUUUAUUUUUUAAUGUAAAUACAUUAACUUGGAUUCUCCUCUCACAUCUAAUUUGGCCCUUUAAAAACUCAGAUCUGUGCAUUCUGUUGUAAUUAGCCCCUCUAUUAUCUUUCUUGGCCCAAACAGGCCAGUGUUCUAUCUGCAACAAGCUACAUGCUGAAAAUACUUUAUAACUAUUUACAGAACAUUCUAAAAAGAAAAAAAAAGUCCCUGGCGAUGUAAACUUUGUCAGUUAAUCAGCAAGUGAUGCUUGGUACAGAAAUUAGUAAUUGGCCACACUCUCGGCAUAUUCCUCCUGUAAAACCGGUACAGCAACUGUGCCAAUUUUAGCUUUAGUCGCCUGUAAAAUUAUCUUGUUAUGCCUAACUUUAAACUUAAAGGGCUGGGAUCUCAUUCUCUGUGGCACUAAUUGGAUAGAUUUCUUUUCCUGUGGAUAUCAGCUGACAUAAUCUCAACUAAAUAAUAUAUGGGUUUUUUUUUUUUCUUCAAGAUAGAAUGUUAGUUUCAUAACAUGGCCUAGCAGGGCAUAAAGGACGUAGCCGAGGAUCUGCAGUGGAGGGUCAUCCUUCUUGAACCAUUAUUUAUAUUCCCACAUUCAAAAUGACCACACAGACAGAACUUUACAAGUGAAAUCCGGCAUACUCAAUACCUUUUGUGUGUCAAAAUAUUGUUUGAGAUUGUCCCUGGUAUAAUUCAUUCUGUUAAAGAUUAACCCUCCAUCACAGCCAUCCUAAAUAAUUUCAUCUUUCUAACCUCAUUGCCUUUAAUGGGAUUAGAAGGGCAUACCUCUGCUGAGAGUGGCAUCGUAAGCCUGCAGUUUUGUGUGCCCAUUCAGUAUAUUGUUAGUGCAGUUGUAAGCUGGGUGACUCUUGAACACCUGUGGACUAAGAAGGGCAUAACAGUUUAUUAUUAUUACUGCUAGUAUAGCAUCUCCAAGAACAUUUUACAAAUACCAAACAUUCUCUUAGUCUUUUUGUUCCUGUAACGUUCACUCUUCUUCCUCACUGUCUCCCUUUGCGGCUUACUAAAACCAUAGGUGCAAAGUUAUCAUGCUAUGAAACUGGGACGUAUUUCAGAGUAAAUAUGCAGAGAGUCAGACCAGGUAACCCUUAAGAGAGCAUUUCUUCAGUUUCUUUUGAAGCCGUUUCAUUGUUCAUUGUUGGUAACGUUUGCAAUUCAUCUUUAUUUUAUAUUUUCUAGUGUAAACCAACCCAGAAGCUUUGACCCAGAGGCACAGGGUGAGCUGAAGUGAGAUGCUUGCAGAUGGCUUCAAAUGUCCAUCAGCACUGGCAGCACUGAGCUCCCCUUAGGGGAAUGGUGGCGGUCUCAGCCAACCCCUACAGUGGCCUUCUCCAUCUUGUUUGGUGUCUCAACACCAACCACUGUUCAGUAUUGCUUGGGAACAGUGUGCAUUGCCCAAGUGCACCCAAUGUGGUCAGCCAAUUUGGGCACAUGUGUAGGGGGCUCUGUGUAGAUGUCAUCUACUGAAUCCAGGUGAAAUUAUUUCAGUAAGGACCAGUCCGCUAUACUGUUGAAGUAACUGACUCUUGAGGUCGGUAUCUCAAGGUCAUUCUUGCUCAGCUGUAGUGCUGAAAGCGUGGCUGUUCAUUGCUCAGAAGCGUGGUGGGAUUGCUAAGUGUGCCAUUCUGAGGCAGGGUAGAAACACUGGAUGUACUUAAAGUAGUUAUUUAUUUCACUGCUUUUUUGCAUCUGAUAUUGCUCCAACAUUAUUCAGAUUCUAACUGGGCCCAAAAUAGUCUACCAAGUGGCUGAAACCAGUAAGGCAGUUCUAAUUAGAUCAUUGUCCUCAUCUUUGUUAAAGAUCUGUCAUUCAAUAGAAAAAUACUGAUUUGCUGGCACCUUGCCAGUUAAAAAUUUAUUGGACAUUGGAGUCCAAAGUAUAUGACAAAUAUUCAGAUUAAAAUUUACCUAGACUUCAAACUGGUGGCCAGAGUUUACUUUUCAUAACUCCUUGAUCGGAGGGGGAAAGGAGCUAUGCUUUAAACAGUUUGGGCUUGCAGUCACUGAGGGCAUUUCUUAAUUGGCUGCAAUGUCAUCCAAAUACAAGGAUAUUUUAGUUUUUCUGUGCUGGCAAAUUGCCAGCUUUUGCCGUAUUUCAACUUCCCAUGCAAUUAGUUAAAUGGAAAGUACAAGGUGCAGUGGGAGGGUUUCCCCCCUAUUUCCUUCAAUAAGUACAAAUGAGAGAAGCGAAGAAAAGUUGUUCAGGGCAAGAGCAAAGAGCCAUCUAUUCCAGUGUCCUGUUUCUGCCGUUGGCCAACCCAGCGCCUCUGGGAAGCCCACCAGCGAACUGUGAGCGCCUGCCUUCUCCCAAGGCAUUUGGAUAUUGCCCGUCCCCGAAGCAAUAAUCUUUUGGUCUCUUUCAUAGAUGAUAAUUGUGUUAAUCUUGCAUUAUCUUUUUAACUAUCUUAUUUUUUAAAAAACCUAGCGAAUUUCAUUAUAACAGAUGGUAAGAUUUUAUAAUCUCUAUUUAGCAACCAAUUUUUAUAUUUGCCAACUAUUUCAGUGUAUAUCAACACUAUUAUCUUGAUUCCAACAACCUGUCAUCUUAUUACAAACCAGGUAAUUAUGGCAAAGAUCAGUCAAACCUGAUAGCCUGAGCCGCCACAGUGUGGUAGCAGCUCACGGGCAACGGGAGGCAGUCUAUCUCUGUAACAAACAAUGGAGUUAGAACCCUAGACCAUAGGUGUCAAACUCACGGUCCUCCAGAUGUUAUGGACUCCAGUUCCCAUCAUCCCCUGCCAGCAUGAUGCUGGCAGGGGAUGAUGGAAACUGGAGUCCAUAAAAUCUGGAGGGCCGUGAGUUUAACAUCUGUGCCCUAGACCAUCCCAACGCACUCUGCCCUGAGGCUGUUGCCGCACCCGUGUUCUCUACUAUACUCGGCAAAGGUUUUGGGAGGCUAACCUCAACUGAAGCCAGGAGAUUCUGAGGUUUCGUUCCCCCCAAACCAUAUCUUCAUGGACUCUGCAUUUCUGGGAUGCCAGGGAUUGUGUGUGUGUGUGUGUGAAAGCCAAAACCAUUUCACUUCAGCAAAGCCACGGGGUGUUUCCCAGGCAAGCAAUAUUUGGAGGGCCAACUGCAGAGAACAGGCCAACAUAAGCUUCCCUAAGUCACCCAACCCCACAAGCACUUCUGUCAUAGAAAAACAGCUCCUACCCAGCUGCGCAAGAAGGCCACUUGGGUUAUUCUGCAUCCCAUAAGCAGGUAUGCUGUUGCAGCCAUUCCAACCACCACCUCCCCCAGACCUUCAGGCCUUGGGAGGCAAGGUGGGGGGAGAAGCAGAAAGGAUUAUCUCCCUGCCUCCCUUCCCUGUUUCUCAAGCCACACGGGGGUAGGGGGAAUAGCCCAAUCCUCCAUGUGGGGCUCAGCUAGGAUCGGGGUGCCUUCCCUGUUUCCAACACUGCACAGGGCUUGGAAAACAAGGGGGAGACAGUCUCCUCCUCUCCCCCACCCCCCAUCUAGAGCCCAUUUUAUUUCAUUUUAAAAUGGACUCCACUGCUAAUAUUUUAAUAUUUCAUUUUGGUGAUUCCUUUGCUCGAGGCUGGUCCAGCUGCCAUUGCUUAAGUUGUGGACUUCCCAUACUGAAUAAAUCAAGAGGAGUCGCCUUUGAGACUGAGAUUUUCUCAAAAAAAAAACACCCUUUGAGAUUUUCUAAACCUGUUUCAUGAAGUCCAAACAGGGGCUUCUUAGAACUGUGAAUUGCCAUAACCUAGAGAUUCUAUUCAGGGCCGUUUGCUGGUUGUUUGCUCAGAACGGUUUUUCAUCCCAAGGCAGUCAACAAGAAAUGAGUGAAGCCGACCCCCGGCAGCUAUUGAAACUCUAGGGGGAAAUUCUGAUUGUGCAUCUCUCCUAAACUGCAUGCAUAAUACCAGCCCAACACGUCUCACUAAGGAACGACAGCAAUAUUACCUGCAAUUUGAGGUUUUGUGCUUUAUUAAUCAAGUAGAACAUUAAUAUAAAACAAACCUACUUCAUAAUUACUGAAAUAGACCUUAAUUAUUAAAAAGGAACAAAACCUGUUUAUUGAAAUUGAAAACAAGUAUUAGAUGAGUUUUGCUACAGAACAAUCAUUGUGUUUUUAAUUUACAUUCUCUCCCCCCCAGCCCAGCCCCCCUUUGAUUAGUAAAUAUUCUUUUGGGAGGCAGCUGCGAUCAUUCACUUUUUCAAAGUGUAGAGUUUCUAGGAGUUUGCUUUGCCUACCCUGUGUGGAUUAGACGGUGAUGCUUUCCUGCUAAAAAAUUCAUUUGGCAUUUGAAAAUCUUUUCAUCAUGUUAGGCUUCUGGAAAAACUCAAUAUCCCAUGCAGACAAUGAUAAAACCCAAGAUGCUUCACCCUAAUUAAAAGUAUUGCACAUUUUCCUUGGGUUGCUGCUUCUUAAGGAAACACGACACCAGCAGGGUUUUAGCUGUGGGUGGGAUCUCCUAAGCGUGGCUGCUGGAGCAGCUGGGUCUAGUCCCGGGUUCCUCCGCAGCCUCCACUGCUAUGAUGUUAACACAGCCCAGCACCCCCCGCCCCCUUUUGGUGGAUCGCACCUCACGGAUCGUCUGCAUGCUCUUUGUACUGUACCCAAUCACAUAACUCGUUCAGUUUCUAAAAGGUUUCUCUUGCGCAUUUAAAAACGUUAAGAUUAUUUAUAUGUAUAUAAUUUCAAAGGUAUAUUAUUAUACAAAGUAUUUUGUUCUACCUCUGUAAAAAAAAAUCUCACGUGUGAAUAAAGUUAUGCUGUCUGUGGCGUUUAGUGAAUACUGCAAAAUGA